AUGGCUGGUCAAAAAAAAAAUUGGGGAGAAAAUCGGCGGGUCCGCUGUUCAGACCGCCUUCCGCCUUUGGCACCGGGCGAUAACGCCCAGACAAUCGGCAAGACAACAACCUUCGAAUUUACCAUUGACGACUGGCGACUAACGAUUAUUGUACAUAGCGAGAACUUGCCAAAAAAUGUACUCACAGCGCCCACUUUCUUAUGCGCCAACCCCCUACAGUUACACACCCAAUCCCGCCCGGAAGUCAAACUAGCAUCCAGCUCAGUCGAACGUGACUUAUAUGAAUCCCUAGCCGAAAUCUACAGCAUCAUCGUCACCCUUGAUGGACUCGAGAAAGCAUACAUCAAGGACGUGGUCACCGAGGCAGAGUAUACCGAGACAUGUACACGGCUUUUGAAGCAAUACAAGUCCAGUCUUGGAGAUGAGACAGUAUCGCGGGAGUUCGUGGAUCUGGAAACCUUCAAACGGACGUGGGGGCUAGAAUGCCCACGAGCCACGGAGCGAUUGCGUAUUGGUCUUCCAGCCACAGUCGAGCAAGCUUCUCACGGCGGAGCAAGCUCUAGUAUGGGUGCAACGGCGACGGGUCCCGCUGGCGGUGCCUCGGGUAGUCUCAUCCUGGCAGCAACCGAAAACUUCAUUACCUUCCUCGAUGCAUUGAAACUCAACAUGGUAUCCAAGGAUGCACUGCAUCCACUUUUAUCGGAGGUGAUUCAGUCUGUGAACAAGGUAACAGAUACUGAUUUCGAAGACCGCGGCAAGAUCAUUCAAUGGUUAAUCGCAUUGAAUCAAAUGCGAGCUACUGAGGAAUUGAGCGAGGACCAAGCGCGUGAACUUGCAUUUGAUAUUGAACAGGCUUAUCAGGGCUUCAAGGCCACGUUGAACUGA